AUGCCAGCGUAUCAUUCCGCGUACAACGAGCUGCCAUGCGCCGAGGCCUGCGGCUUCGCGCUUCUGCCGCUCAAGAGUCGCACCCGCGGGCCCGCACCGCCAUGCCCCGAGGACCAGGAAGACAUUGUCGACGAGAUCUUGACGCUCUUCCGGGCGAACGUGCUCUUCACCAACUACGAGAUCAAGGGUGCCGCCGACCGUGUCCUUGUCUAUGGCACGCUCUUUACGCACAUGUGCCUCAAGCGCCUCGAGCGCUGCAGCUCCAAGUCGGAUGCGCAGCGCCAGCUGUCGCAGGUCGCAGCCGACAGCUUUGCGAUUCCCGGCGAGUCGAGCUUCCCGCUCGGCGGCAUGGUCAAGAUGGCCGCCAACAUGGCCGAGGGCGAGACGACGCGCGGGUACCUCAAGCAGCUCCGCGAAACCCUCGCGAUGCGCCUCAUCGAGCUCGUGUACGUCGACGGCUCGCGAAGCAAGUGGUGGAUGCUCUUUGCGAAGCGAAAGUUUAUGAACAAGGAACUCACCAAGUAA